UUUUCAAUAAAAAUAAUCCAUUUCCAAAAUGACUGAUGAAAAUAAGUAUGAUGGUCUAUUUAUGACAAUAAUGUAGUAAACAAAAGAUAUUAAUGUAUUCUUUGAUGCUGCAUUUGGAUUUUUAAGGUAAUUAAUAUUCUAAUGAUAAAAGACGUCACACAGAUUUCUUUUAAGAUUAAAAAGCAGCAGAAAAAGUAAUUACAGAAUCCUGUGCUAAAAACUUCGUUAAAUUUUAAUCUGAAAAACUAGAUAAGGAUAAGAAAGAAGAGUAAAGAAAAUAAAGAGAAGAGUAAAGAAAAAAAGAAAAAGAAGCUGCUGAAAAGGCUAAGAAAGAAGCAGAACAACUAUAACAACAAUAAUUGUUAAAAUAAUAACAAGAAAAAUUAGAAUAAUAAAGAUAAGAACAAUAAUAAUAAUAAUAAUAAUAACAAUAAUAAUAAUAAUAAUAAUAAUAAUAAUAAGAAAAAUUAGAUCCAUCAGUACCUAUAUACUAACCAGUUUUGAAAGUACCUGAAUAAAAACCAAAGGAACCUGAAAAGAAAGAAGGGGAAGGAGAUGCAAAAGAUGGAGAAAAAAAAGAAGGAGACAAAAAAGAUGAUAAUGAGAAACCACCUGUUGGAAAUGGAGGUAGAACAGAAAGAUAUAUUUGGACCUAAACAUUAGAAGAAGUUUAAGUAUAUAUUCCUAUACCUUCUACUCUGACAAGCAAAUAAUUAAAUGUUAAAAUUGAAGCCAGUUCUUUAUAAGUUGGAAUUAAAGGUAUAUUAUUUAUUUUAAUAAUUCUAUAGGAUAACCUCAUAUAAUAAAUGGAUAAUUGUUUGAAAAGAUUCAGUCAGAUGAAUCAACUUGGUUAUUAACUGAUGGAGAAAUAUAAGAUUAUAAAGGAAAAUAUAUUCAUAUUUCUAUUACAAAAUAUUCAGGUUAAUUGAAUUGGUGGUCAUGUGUUAUUAAAGGUAUUUUUUAAUUCUAAAAUUAGGUGAUCUUGAAAUCAAUACAUAAAAGAUUAGUCCAGAACCAUCUUAAUUAUCAGAUUUGGAUGGAGACACCAGAGGAACUGUUGAAAAAAUGAUGUUUGAUAUGAGACAAAAAUAAAUGGGUUUACCUACAAGUGAAGAAUUAGAAAAGAAGAAUAAAAUGGCAGAAUUUAUGAAGGCUCACCCAGAAAUGGAUUUUUCAAAGUGCAAAUUUAAUUGAGAUAUUAAUAAUAAGAUCAAUAUUAAAUUAAGAAUCUCUAUAUGGG